AUGAUCACCCGGAUCCUGGCUCGCUGUCCGCGGACACUCAUCUCUGCACCUACACGUUCCAACGCCACUCCCAUCCACCUCUGUCGCCAACCUCGAGUGCUCCCCUCCAUCACCCAACCACAUCUUCGCCGCACUUUCGCUGCCAAAACCUCCGCAGACGAGCAAGUGGAAGAAUUACAAGAACUCUAUGCAACAGCAAAAGACGAAUUCGAGAUAGCCUCCGAAGAAACCGAAAAGAAGACCGUUUACGCAGCCGACGACAGGGCAGCCGCCCAAGAAGAAUUGGCAAAAUUCAAAGAGGCUUACGAGAAGGCCAUCAACUCGGCUGAUGGAGAACAGAUAAAGAAUAGAAUUGGGUCAAGAGUAAGAGAAUUGGAGAGAGCGGUAGAAGCAAUGGAAGAGAUGGCGAUGGAAGACUAA